AUGAUCUACUACGACGCGUCGCGGCUGUGGGGGAUUCUGCUGCGGUGGCACGGGUCGGCGCUGAGCGGCCAGGCGCCCGUGCGGGCGCUGCACAUGGCGGUGGUCGCGCUCGGCAUCUCGCUGGUCGACCACUUCUACCCGUUCGUGGUGGCCACCAACAAGUCGAUGGCGUUCACGGACUCGCUCACCGUGUUCAACACGUUCCUGGGGCUCAUCAUCUCGUUCCGCCUCAACUCGGCCUUCAACCAGUGGAGAGCGGGCAUGGUGGCCAUGGGGGCGCUCUCCGAGGCCGCGAGGGACAUCGUCGGCUCCGGCUGCGCGUACGUGAGCACGACCAUCAAGGAGGAGGUGGAGGAGAGCAAGGACGAAGCCAACGCCAAAGAAGCGGAGCAAGAGCACAAGAAGCACGCGCACAAUGGCAGCGAGUGCCACGACAGACCGCGACCCAUUUCGCGCGAUAUCCUCGAGAAGUGCACCUUCUUCACGGAGCUGCGGCGACUCGUGUUCCUGUACAUCGCCAUCGUGUUCCACGACUGUCGUGGCCGCGACGGCAUUGACAAGUUGAGGGACACGGGGGUGCUGACUGAGGCCGAGUACGACGAGCUGUACGCGUCCGGUUCGGAGUACAAGAAGGAGAUGAACGAGGUGGAGUCCUACUGCGACCUGACACGUCGGACUCCGCACAAGCUGCGUGCAGCCAUCACCGAGCUCUGGCUCAAGAGACUGGUGCAGGUUGCUUCACAGUGCGGUCAUCUGACGCCGGGGAACGCUAGCACGUUGCAGAGUAAGAUCUCGCAGCUGCCGAACCUGUACACGACGGUCUUCCACAUCGCGAACGUGCCGAUCCCGUUCAACUACAUGCAGUAUCUGCAGUUCCUGCUGGCUGCCUACAUGCUGCUCUACAUGGUCGUGAUCGUGCCGAGCUCGGGGCUCUACACGCCGGCGUGGGUGUUCGUGUGGGGCACUUUUCUCUUCAUGGCCGACGAGAUCGCCAUGGAAAUUGAAUGUCCCUUUGGUCUGGACGCCAACGAUAUUGACCUGGAAGAGAGACUGCUGCAGAUUGAAGAGGAGCUCACGGUGCUGGUCCGCAGUCAGUACUACUUCGUCACCGGCGGCUCGAGUCUCUGCUUCACCGGCGGGUUGUGGUGCCAGAUGCCGACUUCGCUGCUCGAGUCCAAGCCGGAGAUCACCAAGUCCUUCUCCUUCCACCAAGGUCGACUGUCCCCGUCCAACAUCGCGACGGUGCAGGAGCACAUGCUGCCAGAGAUCAACGAGUACACGGGUCUGAUCAAAGACCCACCAGCAACACGGAUCAAGAUUUCUGCCAAGAAGAGCAUAUCGGGAGGUGGCGGCUACGGGUCGAUGGCGUCUAUGACUGCGUAG